UAAUUUGUGUCGUUUGGUCAACAGUGCUGUUUGUGCAUUUCACACAAUGAUCUCUAAGUUUUCUAUUAUUACAUUAUAGAGAUUAUCAGUGAUUUCACGCCGGAAAAAAUUGUUAACAUCGUUUCAAGCCGAGACGAAUCCACCAUGACAGAUCUGACUGAGAGAAUUAAUGUCUUCAUAUCAGAUCUUAAGAAGGGAAGGGUAAAAGGUUCCUAUGACGUGGCCCACCAGACCCUGUCCCUUCUCCGUCGGGUCAUCGCCCAGACACGGUGGGGCAGCGCGGCCGAGCUGAUGGCCCGCAUCCGGCAGGAAGGGCUGAGGAUGAUGGGGGCUCAGCCAGCUGAGUCGGCCGUGGGCAACAUGGUCCGGCGGGUCAUCAAGAUCAUCCGGGAAGAAUUCGCUGCAAUAAUCAAGGGGCAGAGCGUGGAUUCUGCCGACCAACAGGAGUCGUUGCAUAAAAUGCUGGUGGCUGAAGGUCAAGUUGAUGACUUCAGCAUCCCAACUCCCAGCCUCAAGGUGCGCGUCAUUGAGAGUAUCAACGAGCUGUUCACGGAACUCGAGAGCAGCGCCGACAACAUUGCCAUGCAAGCACUGGAGCACAUCCACUCCAACGAAGUCAUCAUGACCAUGGGCAAAUCGCGCACAGUACAAGCAUUCCUGCUGAAUGCAGCUCGGAAACGCAAGUUUCAUGUGAUAGUCGCUGAAGGAGCACCAUCCUAUCAGGGUCAGAAAUUGGCAACAAGGCUGGCCGAAGAGAAGAUACAAACGACGGUCAUCACCGACUCAGCCGUCUUUGCCAUCAUGUCAAGGGUCAACAAGGUCAUCAUUGGUACUCACACAGUCAUGGCCAAUGGCGGGUUGAAAGCUGUGAGCGGGAGCUAUGCAUUAGCACUGGCGGCCAAGCACCACUCGGUCCCUCUAAUCGUUUGCGCUCCAAUGUUCAAGCUGUCGCCUCAACAUCUAUGCUCCUAUGAUCAGGACGGCUUCAAUAAGUUUGAGUCGCCCCAAGAUGUGAUGAGGUUUGCCGAGGGCGACGUCCUCUCCAAGGUGCAGAUACACAAUCCCGUGUUUGACUACGUCCCACCAGAGCUAGUCACCCUCUAUCUGUCCAACAUAGGUGGCAACGCACCAUCUUACGUCUACCGGUUACUCAGCGAGUUGUACCAUCCCGAUGAUCAUAACCUCACCACUUGUUAGUGGCCGGUCUUCGUAUCAUCCAGAACUCCAUGAAACUGACAGCAGGCAAGUGCGAACAUCCUUGAACAUCUUAUUGCCUGGCCUGGUUCCCCCACUCUGUCUGCAGCUAGCCUGAAUGGGUCGUGAAUCUGGAGUACUGACUGGAAACAACAAAGUCAUCUGAGAACUUUCACAGCCAAAUGGAUGGAUGUUUAAUGCAUCAGCUGUCUUGACCCUUCUUGCCUCUCUGUAUGCCGUAAUUGGAUGGACAACCGUCUUAUGGGCAACACUAGGUCAUGCCCUGAAAUAUUUCCACUGUGAGCCUCCCAAAGAUGAGUUGAUAUCGUGUUUCACAAGCCUCCCAAAGGCGAGUUGAUAUUGUUUCACAAGCCUCAGAGACAAGUGCCAGUGAGACUUCCCAAGCACUGUGGGAUUUAAGCGACUCCAAACAUAGUGGGCAGUGUCCUUGACCAAUGAGGCAUUCCCAUCAGGCAUUCUCAAAUGGGCUCAUCUCUUUUGUUUGAGCACACCCUGCUUAAAGCGACUGGAUAUAUCCCUGCUUACUGUAGAGAAUUCUGUGUUUACAGGAUAUGCAUGUACCGGUUAGUAAGGACUCUUGCUUCGGUAGCACAACAUUUCUGUGCUGGAGAUUUAGGCACAGAAUGGUGAUUACAAACAUACAAGUGGCUGGAUUCUGUGGUUGGCAAAGCCAUGGACUUGCACCCCAACUUCUUAUAUACUUCCAAAACAAUAUCCAAUGUUAACAUCAUGGUGAAUUCUCCUUUGUGAGGGGGAUGCACCAAAAGGUUAGAUAACUGAAUAAAAAUGCCAAUAAUAAUACAAAGCGAACUUGACAACGGGACUUACAUAGAUGGUUUAUUGUAAGGCACUUUCUGAAGUUCCAGUACAGUUUAUUCACAGAUUACCACUUUACAAAAAUUGGUUUAGUAUAAUUGGUCAGUAUUGACAUAAUUUGAGGUAUAAAAGGGGACAAAAAUAGCCAAUUUGUUCUACUUCUCUUAACAACAGUUACAUAUAAUACUUCGUUACUGGUUGACAGUCAGAACACCUCCAAGUGAUUUAUCACUAUUUCAUGUUAAAAAUGCCAUAAUGUAUCAUUGCAACUAUUUGAUGUAUACAAAGAAGAUGCAUUGUUUCAUCAUUUGUUUCACCGAAUUAUUCUGAAAAUUCCUUGCUAUCUUGUUCUUAUAUUAUUAUGUGUAUUUCAAAUGCUCAAUGAUCAUUUCUCAUUAAAUUUACAUGGCAGUCGUCAA